AUGCCCGUGUGGGCUAGCCUUUUGGUCAUCUCUAUUGAUCUCGAUGCCUGCUCAGAGACCUUGGCCACACCCCCCAUCAUGGGCUGGCAAGGCCAGACGGAGGACGACACAGAUGUGCCUGGGCUCACCUGGCACUCGCGUCUCCUCACACAGGCCUUCCUCGCCUCCCUGAACCCGCCCAUGGUGGUGCCUGAGGACCAGCUGACACGUUGGCACCCCCACUUCAAUGUGGACGAAGUGCCUGACAUCGAGCCGGCUGAGCUGCCCCAGCCCCCCACCACGGAGAAGCUGGCCACCGCCCAGGAGGUGCUGGCCCGUGCCCGCAGCCUGAUGUCACCCAGGAUGCAAAAGGCCCUGAGCGACCUGGCUCUGCGUACGGCCAAGUCCGGCAGCCCCGGGUCCCCCAGCCCUGCCCUGCCGGCCACCCCGCCGGCCACCCCGCCUGCCGCCCUGAAGGGGGUGUCCCAGGACCUGCUGGAGCGGAUCCGCUGCAAGCAGGCGCAGAAGCAGCUGGCGCAGAUGACGCGGCAGCCGGAGCAGGAGCGGCGGCUGCAGCGGCUGGAGCGGCUGCCCGAGCUGGCCCGCGUGCUGCGUGGCGUCUUCGUGUCGGAGCGCAAGCCCGCCCUCACCAUGGAGGUGGCCUGCGCCAGGAUGGCGGGCAGCUACCGUGCGGCCCUGAGCCCUGGGGAGAUGGAGAAGCACGUACAGCUGCUCUCUGAGCUGCUGCCCGACUGGCUCAGCCUCCACCACGUCCGCACCGACACCUAUGUCAAGCUGGACAAGGCUGCUGACCUGGCAGGUGUCCUUGCCCGGCUGGCCCACCUUGCCCGUGCCGAGGCGGCACUGUGA